AUGAAAAUCAGGUUCUCCUUUGCAAACCUCUCAGAGAUCUUUUCUAUCAGUGUCUUGACCCAACCCUUGCGCAUCAGCAGUGCUGUCUGCAGCUCUGGAAGUUUGCUGAUGCUGUUUACUUCCCUGACCACUUCCUACUGGGUGACGGAACAAAGCUCUCACGGUCUGAUCCACAGUGGUCUCUGGGAGGUGUGCCUCCAUCCUCACUGUCACUACUUUCAGUUUAAUAUACUCCUUCUCUGCUCCUCCCCUACAGAAUACCUCCACGUGACCAGAGCCUUCCUAAUUUUAGCUCUCCUCUUUGGCAUGGCGUCGUUGCUCUUUAUUUGCAUCUCCUUUGAACGUGUGUCCAUGGGCCCCAUCUACUUCAUGGCGAUUGCGGGUCUCCUCAGCUUCACCACAGCUUUCUCCAUCUUGAUUGCCAACUCUGUAUUCACGGCCGUGUACAGGAGCAAACAGCUGUACCUCCUCCACUUGGUCAUAUUUGGUUCCUCUUAUGGAUUGUGUUGGGCCUCCCUCCCUGCGUACAUCAUAACAGGUAUCAUAAUAAUGAUCACGCACAGGACCACCCUCCACUGA